CACACCGGAAGAAGUAGUUCUGACCCGGAAGCUGAUUCUACAUCCGGGUCAAGAUUUCAGAGACGCUUCAGCUGCGUUCUUCUUUAGCGAGCCAGAAUGUUGGACGAGGAAGACUCGGCUCCGGCCGUGAAGAAGAGCCGCGUGUUCUAUGGCAGCCUGGAGGAGAAGGAGCGGCAGCGCAUCACCAUGGAGACGGCCAGCGGCGCUGCCGCAGGAAGUGAUGCGCUGAAGGCGGGCAUCAGAGCAGGAAAUAUCAACAUCUCAUCAGGAGAGACCAUGGAGAUGGAGGAGCGGGUCAGCGAGCGCCAGCUGGAGGCGCUGGCCGAGUUCGAGCGGCGCCGCCGAGCGCGACAGAUCACCGUCUCCACCGACGACGCCGAGGUGAAGGCCGGCCUUCGAGCGCUGGGAGAGCCAAUCACGCUGUUCGGAGAGGGGCCGGCCGACCGCCGAGAGAGGCUGCGCAGCGUUCUGUCUGUCGUCGGUCCGGACGCCCUGAAGAGAUCCAGGAAGGACGAAGAGAGAGCCAAGAGGUCACGGGACGAGUGUCUGCAGACUUGGUACCAUGAAGGCCCCGCCUCCCUAAAGGAAGCUCGCCUCUGGUUGGCUAGAUAUUCUCUACCACGGGCGAUGAGGCGUCUGGAAGCCGCACGCGCUUUGAAGGAGGUUGCCGAGGCGACGAAGACGAUCCGCCAGCAGGAGUUGCACAAGUCGCUGAGGAAUCUGAACAACUUCUGCAGUCAGAUUGGAGACGAUCGGCCAAUCAGCUUCUGCCACUUCAGUCCGGACUCCAAGAUGCUCGCCACGGCGUCCUGGAGCGGCCUGUGCAAGCUGUGGUCGGUCCCGGACUGCGCCCUGAUCCGGACCCUGAGAGGACACAACACCAACGUGGGUGCCGUGGUGUUCCGCCCGCAGGCCGGCGUCUCUCUGGACCGGUCCGACGUCAGCCUGGCGUCCUGCGCCGCCGACGGGACGGUGAAGCUGUGGAACCUGGAGAGUGACGAGCCAGUGGCGGACAUCGAGGGUCACGGUGAUCGGGUUUCCAGAGUUUCCUGGCAUCCGUCCGGAAGAUUCCUGGGAACCACCUGCUAUGACCACUCCUGGCGUCUCUGGGAUCUGCAGCUGCAGGAGGAAAUACUCCACCAGGAAGGUCACAGCAAAGGAGUUCAUGACAUCAGCUUCCAUCCUGACGGCUCCUUGGCUGCUACAGGAGGGCUCGAUGCCUUCGGCAGGGUGUGGGACCUGAGGACGGGGCGCUGCGUGGUUUUCCUGGAGGGACACCUGAAGGAGAUCUACAGCGUUCACUUCAGUCCUAACGGCCAUCACCUGGCCACAGGAAGUGGAGACAACACCUGUAAGGUGUGGGAGCUGCGCAACAGGAAGUGCCUGUACACAGUCCCCGCCCACCAGAACCUGCUGUCUGCCGUCCGAUUCCAACCCACUGACGGUCACUUCCUGUUGACCGGAGCUUACGACAACACGGCGAAGAUUUGGAGCCACCCGGGCUGGAUGCCGCUGAAGACGCUAGCAGGACAUGAGGGGAAGGUGAUGGGCGUGGACGUGUCACCUGAUGGCAAGCUGAUCGCCACCUGCUCCUACGACCGAACCUUCAAACUCUGGCUGUCAGAGUGACAUCAUCAGUCAGUGACAUCACCAGUGACGUUUUUUGUUUUUUCUAAUAAAGAUUUUGAAACCUGA